AUGGCCCAGUUCUCCGAAAAAAUUAUAAUGGGCGCGCCAUUCGAAACAACCGACCGAUAUACCGAAUUGACCCCGGUGGGAAUGGGCGUCUCGGGGCUAGUCUGCUCUGCCAUAGAUCAAAUCUCUCGACAAACCGUCGCCGUGAAAAAGCUCAGCGAACCUUUCAAAACGGACAAUAUCGCGAAGCACAUGUACCGCGAGGUCAAGCUGUUAAAGCAACUGCAGCACGAGAAUAUCAUCCACUUGAAAGACAUUUUCAUUUCACCAUCUGAAGAUAUCUACCUUGUCACGGAUCUCAUGGCAACAGAUCUUCACACACUUUUGAAAACAAAGAAAGUAGACGAGCAGUUCACUCAAUACUUUGUCUAUCAAUUGAUGCGUGGUCUGAAAUAUGUGCAUUCUGCGGGCGUCGUCCACCGCGAUCUCAAACCAAGCAAUAUUCUCAUCAACGAAAAUUGCGAUCUAAAAAUAUGCGACUUUGGCUUGGCUCGUGUCCAGGAGAUUCAAAUGACCGGAUACGUCUCGACAAGGUAUUACCGUGCGCCAGAGAUCAUGCUCACGUGGAGGAGAUAUAACGAGAAAGUCGACAUCUGGAGCGCCGGCUGCAUCUUCGCCGAAAUGAUCUUGGGCAGCCCUAUAUUCCCCGGCAAAAAUCAUAUCAAUCAGUUUAUGGUCAUCACCCAGAUGCUGGGUAGUCCCCCGGAAAGCGUGGUUAACAAUAUCACCAGUGAGAAUACUCUGACUUUCCUCCAAUCCUUACCGGACAAACCUCGUCAGUCGUUAGCAAAGGUCUUGCCCAAGGCCAACACCAAGACAAUCGCACUCCUGGACAAAAUGCUCCAACUCGACCCAGACGAACGAAUCACUGCAGCAGAAUGUCUCAAAUCUGAAUAUCUGGAGCCAUACCACGAUCCAGACGACGAACCUUCCGCGAUAGAAAAAUGCGACUGGGCCUUCCUGGAAGCUGAUCUGCCCGCUGACAUGUGGAAGACUGUCAUGUAUUCGGAAGUUUUGCGAUAUCACGAGAAAGGAAGUGGAUCUACCUCGAUGGCAACUAGGCUCAUGCCGCAACUGCCAAUUGAAGAACAAUUCAAAGUAGACGGACAACUUCAAGGGGAUGGGAUGGAUUGGAUUGCCACAGGCAGUGCUUGA